GAGCCAAGCGGCCCAAGCCCACCUACAACCCCCUCUCUCUCUCCUCUUCCCCUUUGCUUGGGCAGAUUUGAAUGUUUUUUCUCGGAUAGUUGGAGUGGAUCGAAUACACUGGUUGAAGAAGACAGUGGCCGAUGGGGAGACCACCGAGUAACGGAGCCCCAUCCUUCCGCUUUAACUCUACCGAGGUCGCGGAGAUGGACUCCAUCCUACAAGCGCACAAUCUGGCGAUGCCAGCUCGCGAAAUUCUUGAUGGUUUGGCUGAGAAAUUCAGUGUUUCAGCUGAGCGGUCUGGAAAAAUUACUGUUCAAAUGAAACAAGUGUGGAAUUGGUUCCAGAAUAGGCGGUAUGCUCUUAGGGCAAAAGCAACUAAGUCUUCUGGGAAGUUGAGUGUAUCACCUAUGCCUCGAGAUGAUUCAGCUGCAGCAAGAAAUAUGCCUCAGGCCCCUCAACUCGUACCUGCUGCUUCAGCGACUGUGAGAAGUGUGCCUCAGACCCCUCAACCUCUGGCUGCUCCUUCAGCUAAAAGUGGAGGCAGCAAUGUUCCUGAAAAUUCUCAGAUGGAGUUUGAGGCAAAAUCUGCAAGGGAUGGUGCAUGGUACGAUGUUGCAUUGUUCCUGUCUCAUAGAUAUCUUGAGACAGGUGAUCCGGAAGUUCUGGUUCGGUUUGCUGGUUUUGGAUCUGAGGAGGAUGAAUGGGUCAACGUUCGCAAGCAUGUCAGGCAACGCUCUCUGCCAUGUGAAUCAUCAGAAUGUGUUGCGGUUCUCCCAGGAGAUCUUAUACUCUGUUUUCAGGAAGGCAAAGAGCAGGCUCUUUAUUUUGAUGCCCAUGUCCUCGACGCACAAAGAAGAAGGCAUGAUGUAAGAGGUUGCCGUUGUAGGUUUCUGGUGCGUUACGAUCAUGAUCAGUCUGAGGAAAUUGUGCCACUGAGAAAAGUUUGCCGUCGACCAGAAACUGAUUACCGGUUGCAGCAACUUCAUGCUGUAAAGGAGUCUGGCACCAUGAACCAACUGAAAACUGGUGCCACCCAUACAGGCAGCACUUUGAGGGUCUAUCCUCCAGCUGAAGCAGCGCAAAAGCAUCAUAAAGUAGAGGAAUCUGCAGACGCUGCAACUGUGGUGCCCCCUGCGGCUCAUACUAAUGUGCCUGCAGCCACUGAAACUAAAGUUCUGCAACCAAAAAUCACCGACACCAUCGGUGCUACUAAUGGAGGAAAUUCAAAUGUUGCACUGGAUAUUGCGCCUGCGACGAGCGGCACUGCUACAAAUACCAUUACCGGUGACAUUACCAGUAGUGUAGGAAAUUCAAAUGUUGCACAGGGUAUUAUGCCUGCGACGAGUGCCACUGCUACAAAUACUAUUACCGGUGACAUUACAAGUAAUGUAGGUAAUUCAAAUGUUGCACCGGAUAUUAUGCCUGCGACAAGUGGCACUGCUACAAAUACGCCCGAUAACAUUGCCGUGAUGAGUGGCACUGCCAGUAAUGUUGAAAAUUCAAAUGCCUCGCGGGAUAACAUUGCUUCGAUGAGUGGAAUUACUGCAACCAUCAGUGCUGGUGGCUCUGGUGAAAAUGUGCCCCAAGGAUGAUUGGGGUAGUCUUGAGAUCUUAGAGAUGCUCCUUAUGAACUGUAUGUCAGCUGUAAUUAUAAGAUUUUUCUCCUUUUCCUUUAUCAGAUGAAUGAAAUUCUCUGGUCGGUAGAGUCUGGUCUUAUUCUCCAUUUUACGGGUGGAAAAUUUAGAAAUGGAAAAAUCGUUAAUCUAAGUUCUGCCAUGGGAAAACAGUCGGGAUUAUUUCUGUGUUUUCUUUGCAGUAUAUAACUCGAGUCGACAAGGAAGAUUUGGAUUAAGGGUAAAGUACACUUUUGUACCUCGAAUUUUUAUUUUGUAUCCUCAAAUAUUAA